AUGAGAAGGAAAGAGAACAGUCCUGAAGAAAGGAGAGGCACUGAAUGGGCGCAUGGGAAAGCUGGGCUGCCCCCAAGAAUUGGGAACCAGACUGUUAGAACUUCUUUUUGUCUGCAAUCGCUCCUGAAUUCAUGCCGUACUGCGACUAAAGGAAGCCGUGUCAGAGGUUUGUUAGCACUACUUCUUUGUGGGAGAAGUAGUGCUGACAGGAGGGACCAACAUCUGCUCUGGGAGGAUAAGAUCCGCAGUCCAUCUGGAUCUAAACGAGGAACCUCUCUGACCUUUCUGUUCGGAGGGAGAGAAAUUCUUUGGAAGUUUAAAGGCCCUUUCGUUUAGAACUUUUGGACCGGUGUUUACCUUCUCAGAGCUGAAACCAUGUGUCAUGUUAUUGUGACGUGCCGCUCCAUGCUGUGGACCCUUCUCAGCAUCGUGGUGGCCUUCGCGGAGCUCGUCGCCUUCAUGAGCUCCGACUGGCUUCUGGGAUUCCCUCGGUCUGAGUCGGGCGUGGACAAGGUGGAAGUGGACGUCGCAUACCGGCCAUCGCUCGGCCUGUACAGCCGCUGCCUUCGCAUCGGGGUCCAGGGAGUGGGGCUCAGCUGCGGGCCUUACGCAGAGACGUUCUGGGACGUGGCCAGUGAAUUUUGGCAGGCUGCCAUGUUGUUUCUGGCAGCCGGGACGCUGGUGCUCGGGUGUGUCGCCUGCGUCUCGAUCUUCACUCUGUGUUUUCAGAGCAUCAAGAGGAAGAGCAUAUUCAACAUCUGUGGGCUACUCCAGGCUAUUGGAGGCCUGUUGCUAAUGGUGGGCCUCAUGCUGUACCCUGCAGGCUGGGGCUCAGAGAGAGUGAUCGCCCUCUGUGGCACGGAGGCCUUGCCCUUCAGGCCCGCUCAGUGCUCACUCGGCUGGGCAUUCUACGCAGCCAUAGGAGGAACCCUAGCAACCUUCCUGUGCUCUGUCCUGUCUGCACAGGCCGAGAUUGCUACUUCCAGCGAUAAGGUUCAGGAGGAGAUCGAGGAGGGGAAAAGCCUUAUCUGCCUGUUGUGAGCCUCAAGGAAGCUCCGGGAAGAGCAGGAAUUCAACUCUGGGGGAAUUUUUUAGGGCGUUGCACACAUGAAUGGAAGGAAGACAAGGACUUCCCUGAAGGUUUUCCCUCUCUGUAUGGUCCGGACAAAGAGUAUUAAAAGGGAAAAACCUGUAGUACCAAGUGGGAAAAUUUAUAUUUUCUAUAUUUCUGGGUUAUAUUCUUAAAGGUAUUCCAGUGCUGGAGGUAGCAGAUGAACAUUCUUUUUGCAAAGGAAUUUUAUUUUUAUAUAAAGUCUUACCUAAAAUAAACCAUGAUGGAAAAACUGAACAUUAAAGAAAUUGGCUGUAGGUGUGUUACUUUUGUAAAAGUAACGCCACAAGUAUUAUAGAUGUUCAUAUUGUUAACCAGCAAGCAGAUCGUUAUUAUUUACCAUUACAAAACCUUUAUGCCACUUUAUUUUCUCAAUCCAGGGAUUUUCCACUGAGAUCCAAUAUCACCUCUGCCAGAGACUCAUGAUCUACACCAGCAGCAAAAACAGCAAUUAACAACUGCUGGCAAAUGUUCUGUGUUCAGUUUCUUACAAUAUGAUUCAUUAAGUUUUUCACAUGCUGAUUUGCAUUAAAUUUGCAUAACAGGGGGUUAUAUGUGGAUUUUCCUUAUUAAUAGGAUGUUUGUGUGUGCAUUGCAGGAUGACAACUGACAGCAUCUGCAAAAUAAGCUUUACUUUGAAUGUUUGACUGUUGUUGGCUUCCGUGAUGGGAUUCUUGCUUGUGUUGAUUUAGCUUUUGAUACAUAAAUUCAUAAUUUUGCUCACUUUUCAGUACGUUUUCCUUAUGGCUUGGUACUUUUGGAGUACUGUUACAAACAGAACAUUUCAUUGCAUUUUGCACUUAUUUCGCAAACCUGCAUACUUCAAGUGUUUUAGAUGAGUUUUUCUAAAACCCUUGCUCCAAAUUUAAGUGUAAAUGUAAUAAUUCAUCAUUUAGUUUUGUUUUUAUUCAUUGAUAUGUGUGUAAUGUGCAAUAAUUUAAAAGAUAUUUUUUUUCUGACUGUAUGAGACUGAUAGUCAAAUUAAUUGGCUCUAAAGAGGAUAUCUGUCAUUUCUUAUGGUAUGUUUUGUUACAUUAACAAAAGGAUAGCAGCAAAUGUGAUGCAACAUAUGAGACAAAUAUAUGAAAAGUAAUAAUUUAA